GGGAAGAAAAUAGCUUUUUUUGAAAAAUGGAAAGACACAUAAAAGAGAAGACUAUAUUCACCAGUGUAUUAAAAAAUAUGGAAUAUGUUAUCACAGGGUACACAUAACUAUCAUUCUAUAUCAACAUUACAAAUAUUGUUGUGAGUUUGCUCUAUGACUACAAUGAAUGGACCUGUCACUGUGGUUUUCUAAAGUGACACCUCAUGGAAAUGAACAUUAAAAAUGUGAAGAGGGAGGUUAAAAACAUUCAGGAAGGAAAGUAUUUUUCCAAGGGUAAAUUUUCAUUUUUUCCAGUGUAAAAAUGUGGGGGAUACUUCUUAUCAUGACUUGCUCUACCCCAUGGCUGCCUAUUUUCCAGAAAUGGACAACUGUAGGGACAAAGCUAAAUAAGCAUAUCCUUUAUCUGGAGAUAUUUCAAGGCAACUCUAUAGCAUUGUACAUUCCUGGUUUGAACUAUGCCCUUCAGAACUGACAAUUUCCAAAAUUGCACUUUUAUGCAGAUGACACACAAUUCUAUCUCUCCAUCUGACUCCAAGGAAGCUAUUUCUGUACUUUAACAAAUGCCUGCUGUCAGUAAUGAGUUGGAUGAAGUGAACAAACACAAGCCAUGGAUUGAAACGUCUUAUCAUGGAGUUAUUACUGAAAACAACGACACCGUAAUUCUGGAUCCACCACUGGUUGCUUUGGAUAAAGAUGCCCCAGUUCCAUAUGCUGGUGAAAUCUGCGCUUUUAAAAUCCAUGGACAGGAAAUGCCCUUUGAAGCUGUGGUGCUAAACAAGACAUCUGGAGAAGGUCGUCUUCGAGCACGAAGUCCAAUUGACUGUGAACUGCAGAAGGAGUACACAUUCAUCAUCCAGGCAUAUGACUGUGGCGCAGGGCCUAGUGGAACAAACUGGAAGAAAUCUCACAAGGCUGUGGUUCAUAUCCAAGUAAAAGAUGUCAAUGAAUUUGCACCCACUUUUAAAGAAAGAUCUUACAAAGCUACUGUAACAGAAGGAAAAAUCUAUGACAGCGUAUUACAAGUAGAAGCCAUGGACGAGGACUGUUCUCCUCAGUAUAGUCAAAUAUGCAAUUAUGAAAUUGUCACAACAAACGUCCCAUUUGCCAUUGACAGGAAUGGAAACAUCAGAAACACUGAGAAGCUGAGUUAUGACAAACAGCAUCUGUAUGAGGUAAUGGUAACGGCCUUUGAUUGCGGGCAAAAGCGUGCAACUGAAGAUGUUUUGGUGCGGGUUGAAGUCAAGCCUGUAUGUAAACCUGGAUGGCAAGACUGGAAUAAACGCAUUGAGUACAAGCCAGGUUCUGGGAGUAUACCGUUAUUUCCUAGCAUUCAUCUGGAGACUUGUGAUGGACCAGUUUCUUCUAUCCAAACUACUAUUGAGCUGCAGACAAACUAUAUUGGAAAGGGCUGUGAUCGAGAGACAUACUCUGAAAAAUCCCUUCAAAAAUUAUGUGGAGCAUCAUCAGGUGUCAUCGACUUGUUACCAACUCCCAGUGCAGCAACUAACUGGACAGCUGGUCUUCUGAUAGACAGCAAUGACAUGAUUUUUAAAUUCGAUGGAAAGCAAGGAGCCAAAAUCCCUGAUGGAAUAGUACCAAAAAAUUUAACUGAUCAAUUUACCAUCACUAUGUGGAUGAAGCAUGGUCCAAGUCCAGGUUUAAGAGCAGAGAAAGAAACCAUUUUGUGCAAUUCAGAUAAGACAGAAAUGAAUCGGCACCAUUAUGCGCUAUAUGUGCACAAUUGUCGACUUGUGUUUCUGUUGCGAAAAGAUUUUGACCAAGCUGACACCUUCCGCCCUGCAGAAUUUCAUUGGAAACUUGACCAGAUUUGCGAUAAAGAGUGGCACUACUAUAUCGUCAACAUUGAGUUUCCAGUAGUUACCUUGUAUAUGGAUGGUACAACAUAUGAACCUUAUCUUGUAACUAAUGACUGGCCUAUUCAUCCAUCGCACAUAGCAAUGCAACUGACUGUUGGUGCUUGUUGGCAAGGAGGUGAAGUCACUAAGCCCAGAUUUGCUCAGUAUUUCCAUGGCAGUCUUGCCAGCCUUACCAUCCGGCCAGGAAAAAUUGAAAGCCAGAAAGUGAUAUCCUGUUUGCAGGCCUGCAAGGAAGGUCUGGAUAUUAAUUCCCUGGAGAGUCUUGGUCAAGGAAUAAAGCAAUGUAUGGGUGUUUGCCCUCACACAAAUAGGACUAAGUACCAUUUCAAUCCUUCCCAGUCAGUCCUUGUUAUAGAAGGAGAUGACAUUGAGAAUAUAAAUCAAGCUCUCCGAAAGGUCUCCUAUAUCAACUCAAGACAGUUUCCAACCUCAGGCAUUCGUCGUCUUAAAGUCUCAUCAAGAGUCCAAUGUUUUGGUGAAGAUGUCUGCAUUAGUAUCCCAGAUAUAGAUGCCUAUGUAAUGGUGUUUCAGGCCAAGGAGCCCAAGAUUACAAUAAGUGGAAUGGAUCAUUUUGCAAGACCAGCUUCAGAGUUUGAACAUGAAAAGGGUGUGACGCUUUUACCAGAUAUCAGAAUUGUCAGCACAGUCACUAAAAUGGAACAUCCUCCUGACUUAAAGGAAACUAUGGACAGAGUCCAUAAACCAGUUUUGUUAGAAGAGAUGCACCAUAACCUGGAUUUUUGUGACAUUUUGGUAAUUGGGGAUGAACUAAACCCUAAGCAAGAGUGUUUAGAACUGGAUCGGAAGGAACUUCAAGGCAAACACUUAGAUGCUACAAACUCCACAGCAGGAUAUUCAAUAUAUGGUGUGGACACAAUGAAAAACUAUGAACAGGUCUUGCAACACGUUCACUAUCGUAACUGGCACACAUCUUCCUUCUUUGAUAGGAAAUUUAGAAUCAAAUGUUCAGAGCUCAAUGGGCGAUAUACCAGCAAUGAAUUUAAUUUAGAGGUUAAUAUUCUUCAUAGCUCCAACACCAAUAUAAUGGAAUAUGUAAAUCAUAUGGUAAUACAGCCACAGUUUAUCCAAUCUAUCCAUCACCCAGAGGAAAGCAUAAACAAUAUUCAUGGCUCAGCACUUCCAAGUGUGGCUACUAUUGUCAUAGUAACCUGUGUCAGUAUCUUAGUCUUUAUUAUAGUUCUGGGGAUAUAUAGAAUUCGAACAGCUUUCCAUCAUGGCACAAAAGAAAAUGAAAGCAGUAAAGAAAAUGAAAUGGAUUGGGAUGAUUCAGCUCUGACCAUCACUGUCAAUCCCAUGGAAAAACAUGAAGAACCUCGCAAUGUGGAAGAAGACAGUGAGGAGGAGGAGGAGGAAUUAGAAGAUGAAGAAGAAGAUACAACUAGUGCAGAGUCAGAUGAGAGUGAUGAGGAGGAGGAGGAAGAAACCAUUGGAAAUAAAGAAAGUAAACGGAAUGUAAUCAGGCAAGAUCAGCUGGAGUGGGAUGAUUCAACACUACCCUACUAGAAAUCCUUAGUUCUAUUGAUCCUUUUGUAUACACCAAUACUAUGUAUUUCUGAGUCAAUCCUACUGAGUCAAUCCCAUCUUGGAUCUAUGAAUUAAUUGACAGGAUUAAACUCCCUAUUGACUACAAUGGUAGAACUGCAUUGCCUGAAUAUGAUGUAGUUUUAUCAAAACUGCUCCAGAUUCCUUUCCUAGUGUAUCAGUAAUGGCACCUGGUAAAACACAGGGUACAACCAUUAAUGUGUCAACAGUAAUAACACCAGCCUGAUGUCAUGUAUUCUUGACCACUUCUCCACUUCCAUGAUAUUCCAUUAUCCUCUGAACAUGAAUAUGCAAGUGUCCUGUUUCCUAGAGGAGUAAGUCUUGUUGGCCUUUAAGGAUAUAGUCAAAUUUUGAUUUGAUUCUCAGUUUAAGAACCUAAUCUUCAGAAGUAGACAAAGACAUACGUGCAACUAAUUGCAAGAAGGAAAUUAACUUGCUUCUUUUCCACUUUUCUUCUGUGUCUUUAAUUGUCUUUUGCAAAAAAAAUCCUACUACUUUAAACUGUGUUUUUCCUAUGUGUAUGUAGGACUCGAUAAUCCAUUUUUCUUUUAAUAUUGAAGUCUUGAAGGGAAAAAGGACUUGCCCUGUCCACCUACUGAAACUCAACUAAUGCCAUGUAAAAUCCCAUGAACUGAAACCUUUGCUUGUGAUUAUGUUACUUCAUCCUCUGUCACAUAGAUAAAGCCCUUUAUCUCAUGUGAAAAAUAGGCUCAACUGGAAUGGCUAAGACCUAUGCUUCUGAUCUUUGUAGAAAAUCUGAGUAACUUGAAUUGGAAAUCAUUACCUUGUUUGAGUAUCUUAUAACAGUGGCACUAAUACCAUCGCUGGGAUCAGCUGGGAUUUAGACAAGCGCUGUUCUAUCUAAACACCAAACAGCUUCCCAAAAGUUUCCUUUUGCAUGUAUAAAAAUGAUGCCACAUUUAAUUAUUGCAGUUGAGAAUAUUCCAUUUACUGCUAACAUUUGUUCUUAGAGGCAAAAAAGAAGUGCUACAUGUGAAAGUAUUUAUGCCUUUUUCUUCUAAAACAAAUACUUCAAAAUAAUAAGAAAGCUUUGACUGGAUUCUUUUUUUAAAAAACCCACAAAUAUAGGAGAUUUUGAAACACAUAACUUAAAAGUAAAACCAAGUAGUGUAGUUUGAAAAAAAUGUAGUUUAUAAUAGAAAAUAGUUUUGCAUUUCCUCCUCAACAAUGUAUUCUAUAUGUUGAUAAGAUCCUGGCAGGUCUGUGUGGUUUGUUGUAUUAUUUUUCUAAAUAUUUCUAUAGUUCUACAGUUAAAUAAAUGCAAAAUAGUGCAGUACUUAAUGCUGCGCAUGUUUUACAUACAUAGAAACCAUAGCAUUUGCUGCAGAAGCAAAUAAUUUUGUUGUGGUUUGUUAUUUAUGAUUUCAUAUUUUUCCUAAAUAUUUUUUACUUUGGUUAAACUUGCUUAUUUCAUCUAUGUUUUAGAGAUGUGCCAUUUCAUUAUCCUGUGUCAAGGAAAUCUCAUUGUAUUACAAAUCCCAAACCACAGGUUAAAGUUGUCUGUGGGUUUGUAAGGGAAAAUAUUCCUCUGCUAUUUAUUUCACAUUAGCCAUAUAUGUUAGUUCUGAGUAAAGACAAACUAAUGUCCUGUUCCAGCAAUGCUAAAGUGAAUGGGUUCUGAAGCACAGUUAAGACAGUUUAAAGUUUAGAGCAUUUGGCUCUGUAAAGCUAUUAGAUCUACAAAGAAGGGGGGGAAACCUAAAGUAAUAACAAAAGAUAAAGCAAAGGUCAAACAGUCCUACCAGUGAUAAACCGGACAAGAAUGAGCCAAACCAGAGUCAGAGAGCAACCCAGAAUCCAAAAGUAGUCAAAUUCAAACAACAACCAGACAAAUCCUGCAAGGUCAAACACAGUCCAAGGUCAGUCAGUGGCAGAUAAGACCCAAGACAUACAAGAACAUCUUACAAGAACUAGGGCUUAUUUCACAGAAUGUGCUCAACAGUUGGACUUAGGCAGAAUGGAGACUUAUGGUUGAGUUCCCUGAACCUAGAAGUGCCUAAGAAAAUCUCUCUGAGCCUUUGCAUCAUUAGGACAGUUGCUACAUACUUUGAGCAGCAUCAGAUUAGAUGAUUUCCUCUAUGCUGCAUGCUGUUUGGUUAUUGAGGAGUCCACAGGGUGUUUUUGCUAUCUAUUGAGGAGGUGUGCAGUCUGUUAAAGCAGGCACAAGGCAAGACAUGUAUGUGUUGGUGAGGGAUUCAUACUUUUUCUUGAUAACUAAUGUCCUACAAUUUAAUUACUGCUAGAUUAGAAGAUAUCCAUAUUUAACCUGAACAGUGGGCUAGAAUAUGUUUCUUUUUAAAGCAAAUUUCUCUGAAGUCCCAAAUAUUAAGAAUGUAAGCAUAUUUCACAGAUCAUUUUUUUAAAGAAAAGACAAAACAAAAGAUCCCCCCGAGAUAAUGAUCAGUUAUCACAGAUUUUUUCAAUUUGGUACAUUUUUACAAAAUAAAUACAAAAAAAUGUAGAUUUUGUAUUCAAAAAUGAUGUUUUGUGCAAAAGAAAUGUUUUUGCACAAGAUGAUUUACUGUGAAAAAAAUAUAGGUUGUAUAAAAAUAGAUUGUGGGGAUUUUAAUCAAAAUCACCACCCACACCACAAAGUUUCAUUAGAAAAACAUGUACAUAACAUUGCAGAGAAAUUUGUAAUCAUCCAACAGGGAGAACUUUUGAAAGUAUUUUUAUUGCUUAUGAGAAUGAAAUAAGGAAAAAAUCAUGUGACUACCAAAUAUCAAUUAUAUUUAAGCACAGCAAUCAAUUUGUUUUUCCAUCAUGUGUUAUUUAGAGAUUCUGCCAAGACAUACAACUUGCUCUGUGGCUGACAUAUUGGUUUACAAUAUGAUGUGAUUUGAGAAUUACAGUGAGUAUUAUUAAAUUAUCAUGAAUUUACAUCUUACCAGCAGCCAUAAUUUCCACUCUCUCAGUUGAAUUGUUCUGUUGUAGCAAGCUUAGAAUAUGUUCAGAAGGCAGCUUCUUGUACUCCUUGUUUCCCCCUAUUAUAUAGGUUAAUGUUAGUCAUAGUAAUGGUCCAUGGAUUAAUGUAAGUUCAUAAACCAUUAGUUGCUGGUAAAUUUCUAGGAGUGAAAGAAACCAGAGUUUAAAAAAAAAAGUUCUGCUCUCUGGCACAAUGGCAGGUGUGUGAGAGAAAGAGAGAGUCCCUGUGGGAACACUUAUCAAGGUUGAUCUGGCAUCCAGCACUCUGGAUCGGCCCCAAAAUAAGUGUCAGUGCAAAUGUGCCCAUGGCCAAUAAGGGCUCAACUGCACUGGGUACUUAAGUCUAGUGUAUAUGUGCCCCACAACACCUCAGAUCUGUUAAAUCCAGGGUCAUUAUUCAGAUGGCCCUGAAGUGCAUCUGCUUCACUAGGGCAGCCUGCAUCUCAUGCUAAUGGGUCACCAUCAUUGCCAUUUCUAGCUGGCCAGGGAGAUCUGUCUGAGCGCUGGCCAUAGUGGGUGCCUUUGCUGACAUUAGACUUGGGGCUCCUGCACAAUAAUAAUAAAUAAAUAAUAAUAAUAAACUUUAUUUAUACCCCGCCACCAUCUCCCCAACGGGGACUCGGGGCGGCUUACAUGGGGCCAUGCCCAGAACAAUACAAUAUAACAAAAUAUAAUAGAACAACAAAUCAUAGCACAUUAAACAACACAAUAAAAGAAAAUAUACACUACAUUAAACAAGAUCAAAAGAACAAUAAAACCAAGGGCGGGCCACAUGAACACUAGAUUAAAACUCGAGGUGAGAAAGGAAGUAGGAGUAAAAACCACAGAGGACAGAGUCAUAAAGUGGCGGUGCAAUCUGGAGGACAAAUAUUGAAGGAGAGCAGCAAAAGGGAUGUAUGUAGUGAUUACUCUCCAAAGGCACAACGGAAGAGCCAUGUUUUCAGGUCUUUCUUAAAGGCUGCUAGUGUAAUCAGUACACUAGCAGUGUACUGAUUCAGUAAGAAGGAAUAAGCAAUAUCCCUGGUUGUGUAAGCAUCUCUGCCAAUAUCAAAACAGGGUGCUCAUAAGACCAGGAAGAAAGAAUGUCCCUCUUCUUCUUCCUGAUUGUGUGGGCACCCUGUUCUGACAUCAGCAGAGGUAACCACAAUGGCUAAGAGCGCAGAUGAAGCUCCAGAUAAGAGCGGUGGCAGAAUGCAACUAGCCUACAACCAGUAAGUGAUGAAGUCAUGGAGAGUUGCAACAGCAGCAGAAGCCCCUGCUUCUGCUCCUCACAGUGUCAAUUAUACUAUAUAACAAUUUUUUUAAAAAACUAAAACCAGCAGCCAUUGAAAUUAGAAUGACAUUCUAUAGCAUUCCACCUGCAGACCAUUUUUCCAGCUAUCCCAUAUCUUGGCAGAGCUGGGUGUGGGGAAAUUGGUUCCAUCAUUUGUUUGGUUUGAAAUUCUUGUGAGCACUGGCAGAAAUGUCCUUUUGGGAUAAGUGUCAUGAAGGACAUCAGGCAGGUAUCAAUGUAUAGCAUAGUUUUGAUUAUGCAUGCAUCUUGUCAAAUGUAGAUCUUUUGGCAGGCCAGCUAGCUGACAAAAACAAGCAAAGAAGUCAUCUAGAUGAUGUGAUCAUAGUGAGGAAGAAUGACAAGCUGAAAUUUGUGUCAUCAAGUGCAAAGAUUGCAUGCUUUAGGAAUAAGAGAAUGAUCAGAGAAGGAGAGAUACUUGAAGUGGAAAGAUUUAUGGCAGCUCCAUAAUUAACACUGUUUGCUAACACAUACAGUAGAGUCUCACUUAUCCAACACUCGCUUAUCCAACGUUCUGGAUUAUCCAACGCAUUUUUGGAGUCAAUGUUUUCAAUAUACCGUGAUAUUUUGGUGCUAAAUUCAUAAAUACAGUAAUGACUACACAGCAUUACUGCGUAUAGAACUAUUUUUUCUGCCAAAUUUGUUGUCUAACAUGAUGUUUUGGUGCUUAAUUUGUAAAAUCAUAACCUAUUUUGAUGUUUAAUAGGCUUUUCCUUAAUGCCUCCUUAUUAUCCAACAUAUUCACUUAUCCAACAUUCUUCCGGCCCGUUUAUGUUGGAUAAGUGAGACUCUACUGUAGUUCCACAUUUAGUUCUGUUGAUUAAUUUACUGAUAGGGUUGUUGUGUGUCUUUCGGGCUGUGUGGCCAUGUUCCAGAAGCAUUCUCUCCUGACGUUUCGCCCACAUCUAUGGCAGGCAUCCUCAGAGGUUAUAGUUUCACAUUUAGGAUCUCAAGGUUCAAAACCUGCAAGCACAAAGGUUUCCACAUAAGCCCUGUCCCAAUAGUGAACAAUGGGUAUUUUGUGGUGUUAAGAGUCAGAAGAAUAAUAAGUACAAUAAUUUUAUUAUAAUUUAGUUUAAAUUAUUGUUUUAUCAGAAUUUUUGGGGACUUGCAUCUUCAUAAGUGAGACUUAUGUCUUCAGGAAACAAAAUCAGGCAGCUUUGCAAUGUUCAUAUUCAGCAAGGGGCUGCUGUUAGUUACCAUGUAGAGGGGAGGCAGCAAAGUGACUUUUGAAUAUGGGGACCAAUGGACAACAGAAAGUGAUACAAACUGGAACCAAUGCACAAUGGAGCUGCUGGGCUUUGAGACCCAACAGAAAAGGGACUAAUACCCAAGGGGACUCAAUGGGCAACAGGCAUUCCUGAUGCGCAUUUAGAUAGCAUUAGUGAAUUCCAGUUUGCAUUUGUAAAACUUCUGCUUGAUCUGAUACUUUUGCCACAAUUCAGUAAGAGGGUUCCCUAGUGCCUCUGCUAUGUAGCCAAAUUUGUUAUGCAACUUGGGUGUGACAAAGAAUUCUAGCCUUUGAUUCUAAAAUAUAUGUCUGGAAAGCUGUUCAAUAGUUUGAGAAUCAUUCUUGGAAAAGGAGGAGCAAAGCUUAGAAAAAGAAGCAUACCAAGAUUAUUGGAUUAAUGCUAUUUAUUUUAUUGUUUGCUUUAUAUUCCACCCAUAAUUAGGGAGAUAUACAAUCAGCUUCAGAAUUACAAUAUAUUGUUUUAUUAACUAAUGUUAUUUAUUUUGCCAUAUAGAUAGAAAUAUAUAUUCACAUGCCAAAUGAAUUUACCUGCUGUAAAUGUUUCUAAUAAUAAGGAAGCUGUUUUGGAUAUCAGGAGUCAUUGUUUUAGAAAUUCAUAAGAAUACAAAACUUUUCCUUCAUGCCAAAGUACACAAGUCACAUCACUAUCUUCCAGGCAAUACUACUGUGUUUACCUGAAAAUAAAGACAGCGUCUUAUAUUAAUUUUUGCUCCCAAAGAUGUGCUAGGUCUUAUUUUAAGGUGCUGUCUUAUUUUUCCAUGAAGAAGAAUUUACAUUUAUUGUUGAACAAAAAAAUGAACAUGUAUUAUAUACUGUACAGUAGUUGUCAUCACAAAUCAGCAUAACCAGAGAAACUGUGAAUCCUCUCAAGAAUUUCUUGUUACUACCAUUAUUUUCAUAUACAACAAUCUAUGGUAUGUACAUUUACCAAUCCUGCAUGCUCCAGUGUCCUGUUCGGCAGGCAUGCUUCCAAACAAAACCUUUGCUAGGUCUUAGUUUUGGGGGAGGCCUUAUAUUUAGCAAUUCAGCAAAAUCUCUGCUAGGUCUUAUUUUCAGGGGAUGUCUUAUUUUUGGGGAAACAGGAUGUAUACUCAUAUAGACCCUGUGAUAUAUAGGCUACUAGAAAAUGUCCAUGUUACACAAUGGCUUCAUUUGGAUUAUCAUGGCUUGGAUUCAUAAAGCAAGAUAUGAACAAGCCUUUUAUAUAUAAGACUAUUCUAUUCUGAUAAAUAAGGUCAAGAAAUCUCCAAUCUUCAAGAUUACUAUUUUAUUCCAAUUGAGAAAAUAUGUUUCUAACAUUGGCAAUGUCAGAAUAAGCUAGAACAUUUCACCAACUUCAGACCAUGGUUCAAUAUUAUGUUCUGCAGCUGGUAGCCAUAAUUAUCUGAUUCAGUUAUGGGAAGCUUCCACCGCAAAAGCAGAAGUAAAAGGACUGCAUACUUAAGCGAAAGAAUAAUUCACAUGUCAGUUUAAUAAGCUGAGAUAUGAUCCUCUGAACUAGUCCUGAAUGUGGGUGCUGAUUAGAUUAAUUAUAUAUUUAUGUGACUUGAAAAUAACAAUAUAAUUCUUAAAGCACAGUUUAGUUUUCAUACACUCAAUUUUCAGCAGCCUAGUUUAAGUUAUUGGAAUCAAGUGCAGUAAAUCUUGAUGCCUAUCACGUGAUUAACAUCCCAAUUUUUGUGAUUAAUGUUUGCUCUGCCUUUGUGGGUUGCUAUUUCUUCCCUCGAGCAUUCUGUGUGCUGUUUUUCUGCUUCCUUGCUCAAAUGCUUCUCUACUGGCAACAGAUGGCAUAUAUUCCUUGGACAGGAAUAAAGGUGUCAUAGCUAUUUGAAAUGUGUCACAUGAAGUGUAACUAGAUUUUUCCCUCCUCUGCCAGUAACACAGUAGAGGAAAACCUGGUUAUUUUAUGCGCCUGAAGAAUGUGGGAGUCAGAAUUUUGUCACCAUCAACAUUUAAAUACUAUUGUGGCAAACGACAAGGUACUUUUCAAGCAAAUGCACAUCCCAGUUUCAUUAAGCACAUUCAUUUAAAACCUUUUCACAAAGACAAAGCAAGCGAGUGCAUUUAUAUAGUUAAGAAAUUAUCUUUGAGGAGGCUGUAAAAAAGCAGAUGAAUGCAUAUGAAAUUAUCAGUCCAUUUUACCACGAAUAUGGGUCGGGGGUGCAGGAUGGAAUUGGGCUUUCUCUGUAAGCAACAUUUAAAUCUUGCUAAGUCUAGAUCAGGAAAAUAGUCUCAUAUAGAUUAUCAAAUCAAGUCCUAAUGCUAUUCUUUUGUCCACUUUAAUUGAAUUUUCUUCAGUGUAUAUUUAACAAGAUCAAAUACACUUCAGAAAAUAAAAAGGAACCAAGAAAUGAUUAACAGUUGUAUUGAUCCUGCCUAAAAAGCAAACAUCAAAUAUCAUAGUUUCAUUUGUUUGGGUGGGGGUGGGGCAUUUUUUUCCAUUUGUAUCAGAGAGUUGUAGGUACCCUGCUGUUCACUAAAUUGAUAUCCUGACAUUUUCAGCACUAUAGUUGCUUUUUGGUGCUGCCAACUAGUCCAAGUAGGGGGUUCAAUUGAUUGUUUUUAGUAGUAAUUCCUUGGGCGCUAAUUGCUUCUUUGAACAGUUGUUAACAAUGCUAUUGCAAAUGAGACGGAAAUACCAGUAAUACUGAUUCUGUAGUACUUUAUAUUUAACUCCUAAUAUUUGGCCACGAGUUAGUAAUAGUUAUGUAUUGUGCCUUUUGGAUUUUUGGAAUUAUUUAUUUCAAAAAUACCACUUAUUUCUGAAUAUAUAUGAUUAGGGUAUAACAAUGGUUCCCUCAGUCCAUAAAUUUAUAUUCAUUCUUGUUCUAAAUGUACACUUUGACUCGUAUGCUUUGGCACUACACUUGGCAUGGUUAAUUUACUUUCAAGUUUAAAUCCCUAACCAGACAAGCAAAUUUAGAAUGAUUUCUCAUGCUGUUACCCUUGAAAUCUAUAUUAAUCUUCAUUGCUUCAUUUAUCCCUAAUCUAAGUAUGGAAGAGAAAAAGGAUAUGAGUAUAAAUUCUGCUGUCACCAUUGCCUUUUUGAGACUGAAUGUGAUGGAUUCAGUACAGGACAAUGAAAGAUGAAUGUUCCAAUCUUCCACAUAGUUAGAAGAAACUAAAUGUGUUGAAAUAUCUGUAUAUGAUCAGACUCACUGAUAUAUGAUCAUGGUCAACACAGGCGAUGGAAGUGGAAUAAUACAGCGGUGAAUGUCACAUUUUAAGCCUGGAGAUAGUGGAGAAUUGGCAGAGUGGUAUGACCAUGGAUAAUAAUACUUUUUGUUAGCCAGAGGUUCUAUGACUUUUAAUUCACUCUGUCUUAAUUCAUUCAAGUAAUAUGCAAGUUAUGGUAGGCUAGAUCCAGACUGUUUUCACCAGAUCUGUUCAGUAUAUAACUGCUGGUAGCAUAAAUCUCGACAAUUUUCACUGAUUUUCCUUUCUGAUCUACAGACUUCAGUACUACCUCCCUCACUGGUCCAGAUGGUGCACAACUUUCUGGAACAGAUUUUUUUUUUUUGGUGGUGGUGGUGGAGGGAAGAUGAAGAUUGGAUGAAGGGGGGAAAGGAGACUUUUGUCUCCUCCUCAGUAUAUACUGGUGGUUCUCUUACAGUUUUGUUCAAGAAUAUGGUAAUCCAUAAAUCUGUGUGAUGCUCAAGAACUUAUCCUGAAUGCCUGUUAUUGUCAAAUAAAUUCAACAGACGUUUUCCCAUAACUUCUUCAAAUAACUAAUGACUACUUUAUUAAUAAUUUAUUAUAAUUAAAAGUUUUGUAUAAUAAUAAUAAUAAUAAUAAUAAUAAUAAUAAUAAUAAUAAUAAUAAUACAUUUAUUACCUGCCUCUCUCUGUGGAUCAAGGAAGGAUACAACAUCAUUAAAACAAGAGAUAAAACCCUCUUAAAAGACAUACACUAAGAUACACAAAGUUAAAAUACAAGUUAAAAUCCACAAAUGAAAUGCAGAUUAAAAUUCACAACCUAAAAUCGACUGCCAGAAUAGAUGGCAAAAUAGAUGGCUUAAGUUGUAUCUUAAGCAUUAUAUGUCCUCUCUUUAGUAUCCAAAAAUACUAGAGCCAAAUUCCAAUUGGAUCAAUGAGUAUACUACAACUGUGAAAAAGAUUUUUCCAAUAUUUAUGUAAAUAUCAUUAUUUGGAUAGAAACGUAAUAGUUUGGACAUGAAUAAUGCCAAUAUCCAGUAUUCAACUAUUACAUGCCUAAAUAGUUUAAUUUCAUUAAAUGUAUGUUGCCUGUCAACAUAUGAGCACCCCAUGAAUUUCAAGCAAGGAAUACUCAGAGAUGAUUUUGCAAGUUCCUAUCUACCACAUAUGAGUAGACAUAUGAGUAGAUGCCUGGGGAGUCCCUUGCUAUGACCAGCAAUCACUUAUACCAGAAUGGGAAUCACAUAGGAUGUUGGACUGCCAUUCCCAGCAGUCCUAGAGAGCAAAGCCAAGAAGAGUGAGAAAUACUGUCAGUUACAGUUUAGCAACAUCUGAAGAACCACAUAUCCACACCCCUGACCUAUACUCUGAAUUCAGGCUUAUGGAGAUCUCAAAUUUGGUUUCAGACAAAAUCAUACAUUUCAGAUACCUUGAUCCCAUGAAAGCCAUGGCUUAAUAGACGAAUACUAUUACUUUUGAAGUGUGCCCAGAAAUAUCCUUGAAGUCAAUGAAUAUUUUUAUACAUGAGUGAGGGAGGUCAUUCAAACCAACAUCUGUGUAAUCUGGCUGUUAUAUUCUAAAAUGUCUGAAAAUUGUUCUUCAGAAACCCUGUAAAAAUGGAUUUUCAGCAACCCACACUAAACACUGGCAUUUUUGAAGUAGUUAAAGAAGAAGUAAAGAGGAACCAAGAUUUACUCUGUUAUGUGAAUAUAUAUAUGUAGAAAGUUGACUCUUGCAAGAGAACAGGUAGGAAAUAUGAAAGUGGAAGAACUGGGCACUUGGAUGAAUGUUGAUUGGAUGAAACACAAAUUACAGAAUAUAUAUAUAUAUAUAUAUAUAUAUAUAUAUAUAUAUAUAUAUUGCAGGGAACACUGUAUAGAACCAUUUUCAUUAGAAUGCAUGUGUGUCUAUGUACCCUGUUUCCCCGAAAAUAAGACAUCCCCGAAAAAUAAGACCUAGUAGAAGUUUUGCUGAAUUGCUAAAUAUAAGGCCUCCCCCGAAAGUAAGACCUAGCAAAGUAUUUGUUUGAAAGCAUGCCCAGCGCCUGCCAAACAGAAGACCAGAGCAUGCAGGAUUGGUAAAUGCACAUACCAGUUGUACAUGGAAAUAAUGGUAGUAACAAGAAAUUCUUGACAGGAUUCACAGUUUGUCUGGUUAUGCUGGUUUGUGAUGACAACUACUGUACAGUAUAUAAUAAAUGUCCAUUUUUUUUUGUUCAACAAUAAAUGUGAAUUUUUCUUCAUGGAAAAAUAAGACAUCCCCUGAAAAUAAGACCUAGCACAUCUUUGUGAGCAAAAAUUAAUAUAAGACACUGUCUUAUUUUCGGGGAAACACGGUAACUGUAUACAAACAUUUAAUGCGAAAAAGUUAAUGCACACUGGGAACUCUGUGGGUACACACUCAAUGCCAUAACAUACAAAGUUAACUUUUGAUAUUUGUUGGACUUUCAGCAAUUCAUUAGUCUCAAAACUCAGAAGCAUUAAACACAGCCAAUUUGGUUAAAUUAGGUGUGCUUUGGAUCAAAUCCAAAGUGAAUAGUUCAAAACAAUUAAAUGAUUAAGAUGAUGCCCUUAAUAUUAUCUUGAAAUUUUAGUUAUUGAAACUCAUUAUAUUUAUAAGGUGGCAUAAAACAUAUGGAGCAUUUUUCAUGGCAUUCGCACUCUGGUGGUGUAUGAAAUUAACAGUUCUAUCAACGCUAUGACAUGUGAAUAUGAUAAGUGUUCUGAAAUAACAGUACAGUACAACCUUGUCUUCUUGAUGUUUAAUCUUUGACAAUACAAAAGUUAAGGUGUUGUCAAUGAAUUAAAAUAGCAAGUGCAAAGUUGAUGACAGCUAUGUAUUUAGUGUGAGAUGCAAUUCUUCACUAAGUUGGUUCUUAAAGGAAACAAAUAAUUUUAGCAAUUUUCUUCUCGAUGCAAGAAAGUUAUCAAAAACUGCACAGUUUAAGAGGCUUUAUUUUUGGGAAGGGAUGGCAGAAAUAUUUAUUUAGGUGUUUAUCACUUCCUUCCUUUAAGACUGAGAACAUCUUGUCUACGAUCCCACAGUGGAUUUCCGUGUCUGAGUGGGAAUUCACAUCCUGUUCUGCCAGCAUCCUAGCCAAACACUCAAACAACCACACCACAGUGGCAUGUGCAAACUUACCAUGCAAAAAUUUGGGUACUGUUUUAGAUCCAGAAAACAAUAUUUUGUGCAGAAAAUGCAAUUUUUGCACAGAAAACAAUGUUUUUGGGGUUUUUUUGCUGGAAAAAAAACAUGAUAUGCACAGAAAAUAUUUCUGCAUAGAUGCAGAAAAUGCUGCUUUCUUUUAAAAGAAAAGGUGGGUUUUGUAUAUAGGUUCUGGACUGUAAAGAUUCUGAAUGGUCCAAGAUUUAGGGCUUAUUAGCAUUGGGAAAUACACUUCAUACUUUUUUCUAAAUAUUCUUUCCACCUCUAUUAUCUUUUCCUGAUAAUACUGUGGCAGAAAUGGAAGGUGAUGGUAGGAUAGUUGCUGUCUUUUCUAUUGGACUAUUGUUUGUGCACAAAGCCAUAUGGAUUAUGGAUAAUUAAAUUGACUAAUAUUUCACAGAUGCCAAUGUAGAUAUGAUUGCUGAAUUCUUUGCUAUAGGAGCAAAGAACAAAAAUGACUUCAGGUAUUUAAAAUAUCUUUAUGACAGAUGCAUGGAGUUAUUCAGUAGUUUUAGUAUCUGGGCCAGGUAUCUUUUGAAUAUGUGUAAUUAUAGCAUGUUUCCAAACUUCCUAUAAUUCAAGAUGUUUCAAGUUUUUUAUAUGUAAUUUCAGCCAGUUUAGGCCUGUUUUUUUUCUCCAGGGAUUCUGACAUCAAACUGAAGAGGGAAUGGAUGCUAUUUAAAGUCAUAUAACUCUAAAUUAUUUAAUACAGAUUGCUUAUUAACCCCGUGAGUAUUCCUAUUUUUUAUUCAGAAUUGGUGUGGUAGGAAGUAGUAAGAUGUAAAGUAGUCUAACACAUAAUGGAAGAUCAACUAAUGAUAAAUCUUCCUUUUGAACAAGAACUUUAAUUAAUUUGUUCUACUCUAUCACUGCUUUAGUGAAGAACAUAGAAUUAUAAUUUAAAGGGCUUGUUUCUAUCUUUCUCAGGAUUAAGCUUUCACUGCCUCAAAUCAUAUAAGUAUUUAGCUGACUAGUGAAACUCAUCAAAAAGAAGUUGUUUUACAUCAUUUUAACUUUUCAUAUGCCCUAACAUCUUCAUUUCUGUGUUAUGUUAAUUAGUAACACUAUCUUAUCUUAACUGAAAGUUUUGACAUAAAUUGAUAGUUCACAUUUUGCUCUCUGUUUUUGCUUAGGGACAUAAUUUUUAUUUAUUUUUUAUAUCCAACUAAUAUUGAAUCCAUAUACUGCUUUAUUACUGUAAAAACUACAGUAUCUUUACAGAUAUGUAUACUGGUGAUUAACUGGUUUAUUUAUUCAUUUUAUUUACAACAUUUCCACCCUGCCCUUCUCACCCAAGGGGACUCAGGGCGGCUUACAACAACCGGCAAAAUUCAAUGCCAAACAGAUCAAUAAAAACAGCAACACAUUUAAAACCAUUAACAAUAAUCCAUAAAAUACAUUAGUCAAGCUGGUUGGCCAUAGUGUUAACUCUAAUUGACUAUAAAUUUGCAUAGCAUCCCACAAAUAUAAAAGUAUGAAAGAUUAGGAUAAUCUUAUGUUGUGCCAAAGCCAUAAUCACAUUUGAACCUCUUUUGUUGCAUACACAUGAAUCCCUGGCAAAUGGGAAAUAACACAUAUUAAGAUAUUAAAACUCUUAAUUUGCUAAUGUUGAUUCAGAAUGUGAAUCCAGUCUCUAGUAAAUCAUGGGUGUGAAAAAUCUGCAACCGUAUUGAGUCCAGACCAUUGGUUUUCCAAGGGUACCUGUUGUCCCCUUACUCGUCCCCUAUAUUGACCCUAAUUUUGAGUGGACAAAAAUAUUUCCCCAAAAGACCAAUAGUUAUUUAAAUCCUUGAGGGGAAUCUCUAAUUGGCCAUUUUGUUACAUUGUGUCUUUUACUUUUUUUUUUUUUUUUAGUUCUCUAGAAUCCCAGAAUAAGUGAGCAUCCUGCUCUCUGGGAGCAAAAUAUAGACAUUUGUGGCAAAGAAAAUUGGGGAGUGUCGAAGGGUUUUUUUUUUUCAGCUCUGCAGGGCCCCACAGAAGGCAAGGUGAGACACACUGCAAUACGCUGCAGCAAAACAUAAGAAGAGGCUUAUAGUUCUGGACUAACUAGCAACUUCCAAGUUCUAUGACAGUCCUCAAUAGAGCAGUGGGCAAAAUGAGACCCAUGGACUGCAGAUGGUUUGUUAAUCCCAAAAGUAUGGACCCUCAAGCUGCCAGAGCCCCUAAUCUCGCAGUUGACAUUUCAUCCCAAAGCCUUUAUAUCACUUAAAAAACUACAGAAGCAAAAAAAAAAUGACCAAAAUAAAAAUAGAAAGCAAGCAAAUAUGUUUUUUACAGCCCCCCUCCUUCAAGUGGAGUUCCUCCCCAACUCCCUCAAAACUACUUUCUUCUAUUUAGACCAUUUAUGGAGCUUUUGAGGUGUUCAGGUGUUGUAAAUUCACAGCUCUUUUGCAUCAAUUUUGAACUUUUUUCCAGAAGAGAUAAUUGCUCAGAAAAAAGCAUUGCUAAUUUUAUGUGGUCUUGAGGCUUUGGUGUGCCAGAGCAGCCUGCUGAGGGCCAUGAAAUGAAAAAUGCCACUCUUCUGCUCUAUAGUUGCCUACCCCUGUCCUGGUGUAUUAGUCACAAGCUAUGAAAAGAUGCAUCUACUCCCAACACAUUACAUUUCUAGUAUGCUUAUUGCAAUUGGUCUGUUCUUGCAAAACAAUAUACGCUGGAAUCAUGUAGCACCUUUGAGACUGAGAGAAAUAAAAGUAUAAAAAGGUAUGCUGCAAACUUCUUUCAGUUAUCGUCAAAGAAUUUAUUAAAUGCUGAUGCAAACUAAUAUGACUUUUUAAAAAUACUGUUACAUUGAUCUGGUUUAACAUCAGUUAAUUGGAUGCAUUUCUGGGAUUUGUAAAGAAAAAAUAUUUCUGAUAAUUUUGUCUCCUUAGCCAUGACACACUGGAGAUGAGGCAGUAUCCCCGGUGAGGGGCUGCUGCUGAAUGGAUAAUCCUUUUGAAUGCACAGAUCUUGCUGACUAUCUGUUUCAAGAAUUCUUUAAAUUUUGCUUUUGAUAGUCUGUUCAAUGCUGCUUGAUGACCUUGUUAGUGGUGAUACAAAUUGCUUGAGAAGUGUUUGCAAAUACUGUAUUGAAAUCAGUGGGACCAAGUGCAUCAUAUAUGGAGAAAUGAAAACCCACUGGAGUCUUAUCAAAGACUUAACUUUAAUAUAAACAUAGCUUGAACCAUGUUUUCUGAUAUAAAGAAAAAAGAAACAGUGGAGAAUGAAUAGGAAACAUUAAAAGGAAAAGUAGCAUGAAAUGGAAGCACUUUGAUUUAAAUGAGGAUCAUGUCUAUUUUUAAAAUUCUGGUUUUUUUUUUCAACUGUGAGUUCUUAGUAUCCACUGGGGUUUGAUUCUAGAAACUCCCAUUGAUACCAGAAUCCAUGGAUACUUAAGUCCUAUUAUAUAUAAUUGCAUAGUAAAAAUGUUCCUUAGAUAAAAUGGCAAAAUCAAGGUUUGAUUUUUGGAAUAUUUUUUAAUAUUAUCGAGCAGUAGAUUGUUGAAUCCAUGGAUGUACAGCAGAAGGCCAAAUGUCUAUAAUAAUGACUUACAGUUAUGGAUCACAGGCUGAUCACAAUUAGUGUACAUGCUAAUUAAGAAAAGGCAUUUCUGCUGUCACAUAAAACUUUAUGUGACAUUAAAGAAAGAAGGUGGACUUGUAUGUGAGUUAGGAUCCUGUUAUAUUAUUUAAAUAAUUAAAGACAUAUUACAUAGGGAAGGAAACAGGAAUCUUGUGAGGUCAAAGGAAGGAAGGAAGGUUUCUAGAUUUAGAGGGCAUGUGUGAACUCUUAAGCAAAUGGGUGGAGUUGGCAUUAGAAUAACAGACUGUCUGGAAAAUCCAUGUACAUUACUAUGAAUGAUGUGGGAAUCAUAUUUGCUAGUUGUUAUGAACAGAAAACAAUGGUUUACUUUUAGAUAUUUGCUGAUGGAAACGUUUUUGGCAACUGAUAAGUGUUCUACAAUCUAGUGUGCAGCACCUAGCAGAAUGUAAUGUUGAGCAAAAAAAUUAUAUACAGCAUGAGACAUAGUAGAAGAUAUAUUUCAAAAGAUUGCAGUAAUGGAAACAGAUCUCCUGGUUUCAAUUCCUAAGGAAACUCUGUUAAAUCAGCAGUGUGGAAGAGACUUUCAACAUAGCCCCCAUCUAUACAGGCAUAUAAUGCUGUUUUAAUGCAGUUUGACUGCAUUGAACUGCUUUAUAUGAGUCUACACUGCCACAUAAUGCAGUUCAAUGCAGUUAAACUGCAUUAUGAAACAGUAUGGUACAGCAGUGUAGAUGGGGCCUUACACAAGACAAUGUCUGAAACUCAACCAUUGCAAUUUCAUAGGCAUUUCCAUUGAUCUGUUGGUGAUCAAGGCACUGUAUCUGCCUGCACUUUGAAAAAAAGUUUCCUGUUCCAUAAUUGUUUGGAACUCUUUUAUUUCACUGUAUUUCAUACUAACUAGACAGUAAAAGUGCUAGUUUGCUACAUUAGAAAAUGUAGCAUGUAGUCAUUUUUCCUAUUAAACUUUUAAUUUGUAAGAUUUGCAUCAAUGGUGGUCCAUUACUUCAUGCUGAUUAGCAAUAAUUCUAGCUCCUGGCUUUCCCUCUCCCUCUUCAGUUUCUGAAAAGUCUAUAAUCUGUGCCAAUUUACUCACUCGAUAGUCCUGGUUAUUGUUAAGAGACAAAACAAAUGUGAUAUAACACAAUCGUAUGUCCAUUGUGUGAUCGUUCUGACCCCAUUUAUGUACCUGAAAAUCACUCUGUACUUCAUUUAUCCAUUCAUUACAUUGAAAUAUAUUGCUGUACAUGAAAGGCAAUCAAACAACAUCUGGAAGCAUCUUGUUGCAAGUGGUGAAUUAAACUGUAAAGAGUGGAUCUAUAUAAUAUAUGCAGGAUAAGGAAUUCAAUGAGUAUAUGCAAUUCAGAAGAGGAAUAUGAAUGCUUUUUGAAUAUGACUAUAGUAUAGAUCUGCUUAUUGUUAUUUUUUAAAUAAAGUUCUUUAACAAAAUGUACAGAUAGAAAUGAUCACAUAAUAAAAGGGAAAGUGGGGAACAAAUAUAAGUUUAUUAUGUAGAAAGAAUAAACUCAUUUAUUUCCUUGCCCUCCCUACCCUCAGCUUUGUGAUGUAAAUCAUGUCACUUUAGAACAAUAAUGUCUGAAUUUUAGAUUGUAAAAGGUUCUGGGUUUUACAAUGUAAUUUGUCAAAUGCUUAUGGAAAACCAACUUGCAUUUUGAAAACUUGCCCUGUAUAUGUAUUUAAAAAACCUCCUUUUUGUGAUCACUCUGGCACUUUCUGUGAAUUGGCCAAUAAAUAUGAUUUUAGGAUUUCACAUAAA